AUGGUUGAUGACCAUGAUGACGACAAUGAUGAUGAUGACGAUGAGAUAAAUGUACAUCAUAUGCUCAAUAUGUUGUCCAAACCAAAGAAUGACGCAUCACCAAAGUCCAUCAACAACACAUCUUCCAACAACAACUCCAUGUCCAUGUCUUUCUUCACCUCACCCAACCCCAACUCAAACUCAAACUCAAACUCAAACAACAACUCAAACUCAAAGAAUAGUAUUGCCAACUUAUUAUCAACAACAUAUUCACAUCCUGAUGAUGCCGCCGAGGCUCCAACAAUGUCUCCAAGUGAUGAUGAGAACAACGAAGAGAUGAGUGAUGAUGAGUUCCAGAGUCCAAGCGCACCAGGUCAUGCACUGACCUCGCUGAUCCUCAACUCGCCCACGGGCGGCAAGCCAAUGCCCUUUAACAAGUUCAACCUCAACACGAUUGGCAUGCUCAAGUCCAGCUCGUGCAGCAACAUCGCACCCAAGUCGUGCGCCUAUCUCAAGUGCUGCAUCUGCGCCUAUGGCCCACCCCCAUCAUUCUUCUCAUCCGCGCCUACCUGGGCCGACAUCUGCUACAUCGCGCUCUACUGUCUCACGCUGUCCAAGCCCGAGAUCAAGUACUUCCACAUCAAGAAGGACAUCUGUACAUUCAUCGACGCGCAUUAUGAGACCAUGUGCAUGCGCAAGCGCACGUCCAUCUGGCGCCAGACCGUCAACAUGACAUUGUCGCACCCACAGUACUUUGAGAUGUUCCAGCAGGAGAGCGCACUUGAGAAUGGUCGCAAGGGAUACUAUGGUCUCAAGCAGAUGCAUGACCCAUACGAGCACACUGCACUCAACAAGAGGAGUCGCAGAAAGAGACGUCACGAGCAGAAGCAGAUCCAGGAAGAGCUCAAGAAGUCUUCGAGUUUCCAGGUGUCGCCAACACACAUUGGCGGUGGCGGUGGUUCACCCGCCAGCCAGAUUGCCAAGUCCAUCACUUCCGCGCCAUCAUUCCCCCACACAUCACAGUCGCCUCAGUUGCUCCAAUCACAGUUCAAGUACUCGCACAACUUUAUGGACGGCAGCGAGAUGAUGUAUGGCGGCUGCCAAGGUGCCAGUCACAGCACUGGCGACCUGCUCCAGUAUAGACGUACCAGUCUCACCCAGACCGUGCCAUCUCAAGCACCAUCUCCUCAACAAAUGGUGUUGCCAAUGCUUCAGUCACCCAAGCCUGGAAUGGUCCCAUCGUCAUCGUCGUCAGGUCAGAGUCACGCUCGUCCAAUGCUCGCGGACAUACUCAACUCCGAGGAUGAGUUGCCAUCGUCGGCAAUCAGCAGUGCCGCGAGCAGCAGACGUACUAGCAGUGCUUCCACACUCUCAUCAUCUUUUAGCCGUGGCAACGGAUUUGAUUGCAAGUCACCCACGCCCGUCGUGCCAUCAAUGCCCGCCACACCACAGCAGUACAACAAGUACAUGUCGAUCAAGAACUACUCCACCACCAACACCAACGCCAACUCCAACUCCAACGCAAUUCAAUCACCAACAUUAUUGGAUAACGAUAUCCAACUGCAACAACAACAAUCACACCCCAACUCUAGCAAUUUGAGCGCGACCAACACUCCAUCUCCAUCGACCAUCAGGAAACAACAGUUCAACUCACGCACUAUAUUGCCAAAGUUGGAUGACGAGGAUGAGGACAUGAUGGAGAACGAGGGCGAGGUGCCAAGAAUGAGCACCAACUCCAACUCCAAGUCACCCAUGACCAAGUUGGUUCUCGAGAAGAAUGUCCUGUCGCCUGUGAACCUGUCCACCUCGUGCGCCCCUCGAUCCGCCAGCUCGUCCCCUGCCGACUCGCCCGCCGACCUGACCCCGCAGACUUACCCACAGUCCUCGACCUCGGGCAUCAUGGCGCUGGCCACGUUGCCAAUGGUCGCCGACGAAGACUAUUCGGACGACGACGACGAUGAUGAGGACUCGCCAAAGAAGCGCAUGAGGAAGACCACACGCCCAGAGGAGAAGCUCAUGCUCGAGAGGUACUACCAACUUCACUAUGGACGCACGGCCAAGCACUGCAAGGAGGAGUUGGCCAUACUCUCGAGCACGCUCGGAUGGAAAGUCAACAGAAUCCAGCGCUGGCUGGACAACCGUCGCACCAAGGACAAGUUGAAGAAUCUGCGCGCAUCCCAAGAGCGCGGAUGUGUCUUUGGCGUCGUGGCACCAUUCCCCUCCAACACCACGCUCACACCAUCAUCAUCAUCAUCACAGAUACCAGUUGUACCAAACAAAGACCGAACAUCACCCAUUCACUUCCAGCUGCUCCAUCAUCAGCAGCCACAAUCCAACGUAAUAACGCAACAACAAACUUCAUCUUUCAUCAAUUGUGCCUCUGCCUCUGGAAACUCCAAGAAUCCAUUCCACACCAGCAAUGGUAGCAGGCCACUUUUGCAACAUUCAUUAUCGAGCAGCAGUAUCAAUAGUCUACUGAACUGA